AGGAGGACAGAGACGGAGCCUCGCAAAGACUGGGGCUUUAAUUCGAAACGCGCUCGCCCCCCUCCGUCCUCCUCCUCCCCCUCCCCCAUCUCGAGCCCUCCGCCACAGUACCACCCCACCCAGCAACACUCCGUCCCCCCCCUAUCCGAGUGAAGGUCAAACGGACCAGCCAGCCCUCCCCACCACCCUCUUCUCCGCCCGGCCGCUCCGAUCGCCGCCUCCUGAAUCCCAAGGAUUCUGCUCUAUAGGUUUGGUCAUGGCCUCAGCUGCCUAUCUUGACGACAUUGAUGCUGAAGUUAUUGACCCUCCAAAGAUUGAGAUGUUAGACGCCGCAGAACUCGUUGGUGAUCUUAUCGAGCAUUCACCGAAACCAAAUGUCAUAGUUUCUAGCAAUGUGCGUGAGCUAUUGGAAUGCCCUGUGUGUUUGGUUGCCAUGUAUCCUCCAAUUCAUCAGUGCUCCAAUGGCCAUACCAUUUGUUCUGGAUGCAAGCCAAGGGUUCAUAAUCGCUGCCCAACUUGCAGGAGUGAAUUGGGUAACAUAAGAUGCCUUGCUCUGGAGAAGGUUGCCGCCUCUCUAGAGGUUCCGUGCAAGUUCCAGAACUUUGGAUGCGUGGGAAUAUAUCCUUAUUAUUGCAAGCUGAAACAUGAAUCACAGUGCCAAUACAGACCCUACACUUGCCCAUAUGCGGGAUCUGAAUGCACUGUCACUGGUGACAUUCCAUAUCUAGUGAAUCAUCUGAAGGACGAUCAUAAGGUUGACAUGCACAGUGGAAGCACCUUUAAUCAUCGUUAUGUCAAAUCAAAUCCUCAUGAAGUUGAGAAUGCCACAUGGAUGCUUACGGUUUUCAGCUGCUUUGGGCAGUACUUCUGCUUGCACUUCGAGGCGUUCCAGCUGGGCAUGGCGCCGGUCUACAUCGCCUUCCUCAGGUUCAUGGGAGACGACGCCGAGGCCAAGAACUACACCUACAGCCUGGAGGUCGGAGGCAUCAACCGUAAGAUGACCUGGCAGGGCAUCCCUCGGAGCAUCAGGGAUAGCCACAGGAAAGUGCGGGACAGCUACGACGGGCUCAUCAUCCAGCGCAACAUGGCCCUGUGCUUCUCCGGUGGCGACAGGAAGGAGCUCAAGCUGCGGGUCACCGGGAGGAUCUGGAAGGAACAAUGAGCUGUGGCUGAUGCUAAAAAAGGCGGUGUGUUCUGGCGACGAUCCGAAGUAACGCGUGAGUGAACCGCCGCGAGGAGUCGAUUAGGAUUUAGGACUAGGGGCAAUGGUGUGUAGACCGUCUUAGCUGUUAUUAGUUCUGAGAUGUUUCCAUGGACGGUUGUGAUGCGGAUUGAGGUGGUACUGAUGUGGUAGAGCUGAAGGCAAAUCUCCUGUUCUGCUCUGAACAAGAGCCGUUUUGGUGACAUCCUGUUGCCUUGCUGGUGGCUCGUGGACUGUAAAUGAUGUAGCCCCCCUCUAGUGUAAAGACUCGUAUCUGUGCCAGACCCGCAAAUUUCUGAAUUUGUGAUGCUGGUAUAUGAAUGAGACUCGUAUCAUCUAUUUAUGUCAGACCCGAAAAUGCCAGACCCGCAAAUUUCUGAAUUUGUGAUGCUGGUAUAUGAAUGAGACUCGUAUCAUCUAUUUAUGUCA